AUGGCGAAAUCUCAGAUCUGGUUUGGGUUUGCGUUACUCGCGUUGCUUCUGGUGUCAGCCAUAGCAGACGACGUGCUUGUUUUGACGGACGAUAGCUUCGAGAAGGAGGUCGGUCAAGAUAAAGGAGCUCUUGUCGAGUUUUACGCUCCCUGGUGUGGGCACUGCAAGAAACUUGCUCCAGAGUAUGAGAAGCUUGGGGCAAGCUUCAAGAAAGCUAAGUCAGUUUUAAUUGCAAAGGUGGAUUGUGAUGAGCAUAAGACUGUCUGCACUAAGUUUGGUGUUAGUGGAUAUCCAACUAUUCAAUGGUUUCCCAAAGGAUCCCUUGAACCUCAAAAGUACGAAGGUCCACGCAAUGCGGAAGCCUUGGCUGAAUAUGUGAACAAAGAAGGAGGUACCAACGUGAAGUUAGCUGCAGUUCCACAGAACGUUGUUGUGUUAACACCUGAUAAUUUCGAUGAGAUUGUUCUGGAUCAAAACAAAGAUGUCUUGGUCGAGUUUUAUGCUCCAUGGUGUGGCCACUGCAAGUCCCUCGCUCCUGUAUACGAGAAGGUAGCUACAGUGUUUAAGCAGGAAGAAGGUGUAGUCAUUGCCAAUUUGGAUGCUGAUGCACACAAAGGCCUUGGCGAGAAGUUUGGAGUAAGCGGAUUCCCAACAUUGAAAUUCUUCCCAAAAGACAACAAAGCCGGGCAAGAUUAUGACGGUGGCAGGGAUGUAGAUGACUUUGUAAACUUCAUCAACGAGAAAGCAGGGACGAGCAGGGACAGUAAAGGCCAGCUUACUUCAAAGGCUGGUGUGGUUGAAAGCUUAGAUGCGUUGGUGAAGGAGCUUGUUGCAGCGAGUGAAGAUGAGAAGAAAGCAAUCUUGUCUCGCAUCGAAGAGGAAGCUAGCAACCUUAAGGGCUCCACAGCAAAGUAUGGAGAGCUUUACUCGAAGCUCGCAAAGAAGUACACAGAAAAAGGUUCUGAUUAUGCUUCCAAAGAAGUCGAGCGGCUUGGACGCGUCCUUAGCAAGUCGAUAAGUCCGGGGAAAGCUGAUGAAUUGACAGUGAAGAAAAAUAUCCUUAACACGUUCGUCGCUUCUUCUUAG